UAGCCACCCCACCAGCCAAUAAGAAAAGAGUAUUUCUUUUCUCCAGAUGAUAAGGUAAAAUAUUUUUCCAGUCCGGACAGCUUUCAAAGCUGCUUGUUUUUCUCCACAGACAGUAAAAUUAAGUUUUAAGAUUGAACAUUGGAGAUGCACAUCAGAUCGAGACCAGUGCAUCAAAAUAUCCACACGGAACACAACAGAAUGAUGAACUCAACCUGCAUCAAUGUUCCCAGUGUGGAAAAGCAUUUAAAAGGGCCACAACUCUUAAAAUCCAUAUGCUUACUCACACUGGAGAGAAGCCUCAUCAAUGUGUCCAGUGUGGAAAAGCAUUUACACAAAUGUCAAAGCUUAACCGUCACAUGCAUACUCACACUGGCGAGAAGCCUCAUCAGUGUGCCCAGUGUGGGAAAGGUUUUUAUCAAAUGUCAACUUUUAAACGCCAUAUGCUUACUCACACUGGCGAGAAGCCUCAUCAAUGUGUCCAGUGUGGAAAAGCAUUUACAGAAAUGUCAAGUCUCAGGACCCAUAUGUUUACACACACUGGAGAGAAGGCUCAUCAAUGUGCCCAGUGUGGAAAAUGUUUUUAUCAAACAUCAACUCUUAAAAGCCAUAUGCGAACACACACUGGCGAGAAGCCUCAUCAAUGUGCCCAGUGUGGAAAAGGUUUUUAUCAAACAUCGACUCUUAAAAUCCAUAUGCUUACUCACACUGGAGAGAAGCCUCAUGUAUGUGCCCAGUGUGGAAAAAGUUUUUAUCAAACAUCCACUCUUAAAAGCCAUAUGCUUACUCACACUGGAGAGAAGCCUCAUCAAUGUGUCCAGUGUGGAAAAGCAUUUACACAAAUAUCAAAUCUUAGGACCCAUAUGCUUACACACACUGGAGAGAAGGCUCAUCAAUGUGCCCAGUGUGGAAAAAGGUUUUAUCGACCAUCAGCUCUUAAAACCCAUAUGCUUACUCACACUGGAGAGAAGCCUCAUCAAUGUGUCCAGUGUGGAAAAGCAUUUACACAAAUGUCAAAUCUUAGGACCCAUAUGCUUACACACACUGGAGAGAAGCCUCAUCAAUGUGCCCAGUGUGGAAAAGCAUUUACACAAAUGACAAGUCUUAGGACCCAUAUGCUUUCUCACACUGGAGAGAAGCCUCAUCAAUGUGCCCAGUGUGGAAAAGGUUUUUAUCAAACAUCAACUCUUAAACGCCAUAUGCGAACACACACUGGAGAGAAGCCACAUCAAUGAGCCCAGUGUGGAAAAGCAUUUGAAUGGACCACAAUUCUUAAACACCACAUGCUAACACACACUGGAGAGACAGGUCAUAAAUGUGCCCAGUGUGGAAAUUGUUUUCUAUUUGCUUCAACUCUUAGUUUUUUGCUUUGCUUACACAUACGGGAGCGAAACCUCAUGAAUUGCGUUUCUAAUCCCGGUUCUAAUUACCCCAGAGUUCUCGUGAGAGCACAAUGGACUUGUCUCUGUGAGACACUCUGGCAAUGAGCAAUGAUGCACGUUACUUUUACUCCAACAUUCCGGGGAACCAGCUAAACUGAUGAAGACAGCGCUGCAACGUUG